GCCAAGUGUAAAUAUGACAGGUCAUUCCCAACUAUCCUUAAAAACUUAGACUCCUAAACUGGUCAAGUUGACCAAUAUAGCCUGAAGGCUUUAAGCCUCCUAACCGCUGUUCUUAAUGAUCUAGUUGUAUAUUUGAGAUUUCAUCGAGCCAGAGAUAAGAAACGUUUCCGUCUUUGGCUAUUGCUCAACAGGUGGAAAUGCUAUUAAAUCUCAAAACGGCAAAUAGGAACAACGAAUGGCUCACGAUGGCUCACCUAGAUACCAACUUCGCGUCACAUGAAAAUAAGCCCCCAACUUGAUUGUGAAAUACAACGGCUUUAGCCAAUCAAUAUCUCAAAUCGGGGUGCCCCUCGCUAUAUGCAUGUAGAAGAAGUACUUAUUGAGACGCGUCGACGCGUGUGGAGGCGUUCUAACACAACAAGUUACAUCGUAAUUAUCAUAAAGAGAAGACGAGAUGGCCAAGCGCAAGCGGUCAAGUUACUAUGCAGUUCGAGUCGGCAGGAAGCCUGGCGUAUACGAUAAUUGGGAGCAAUGUGAAGAACAGGUCUCCAAGUUCUCAAAUGCCGUUUUUAAAGGGUUCGACACGCUUGACGCCGCUCUAGCAUUUGUUGGCUACGCCUUAGCUUCCAACACCAGCCAUAUAGCCGAGGAGAGUGAUGAGGUUUUAGCGCAAGAUCAAACUAUUGUGUCCUUAGGAGACUCAACGGGCCUUAUAAGUUUAAAGGCUGAAGAUGCCGAAGGGCCAAUGCCGCCGCCCGCAUCGCAGUCUUACUUUGAUCAGUUUCCCAACUUCGUGCCCGACAACAACGCCUCUUUUGACGACGAAUUCGGUCGUUUGGCUUCCUCUCAGGGCUUGGCAUCCGGGUCUCAGGAGUACAGGAGACAGCGAACCAAGGCGAUUCGUGACGAGUUGAAAUUUCACUACUCGUCUCAGCCAGUUGACGCCGCGGGAGAACUGCAGACCAUACCCGAGCUUGGUAAAAAAUCAUUAGACGAGAGCGAGAAGCUUGACAUCUAUCAAAACAUGUGCCGCGAGAUCGGCGUCAACCCGCGAGACACCAUCGGGGCGUGCAGACGAGAGCUUAAAGGGGUUCUAGUCAAUAUUGUCGAUUAUAUCGAUGCCCGCCGCAUAGGAAAGAAAGUCAAAAUAUGGGCCUGGGACGACUUCCGACUGUUCAGCGCGUAUUCUUUGAGGGACGACAAACGUAUGGAUAGGAGAGAAGCGAAGGCAGACGGAGGAUUCCUGUCGGCUCUCCUACAGAUGAUAACGGGUCCUGGCCCGGGGAAGGGGGGUUUGGCUUCUCUGGCUGUCGGCAAUCGAAAUGCUAAGAGGAGAAGGACUCGCUAGAGAGGACCAGAUGUUGCAAAGCGUGUCUGUAUAUUUAUUUUAUAGUUUUUCUUAGCUAGUAGGUGUUGAUUACUCGAGGGCCUAAGAAUAUCGAUGAUCCUAACCGGGAUCAGUCAAUAUCUGCUAUGAAUUAACGAUACGUCAGUUUAGGACGCUACCUCUAAGGUAGAUAUUUACUUUAUUUGGCCCCAGCCUUCACCAACUCUCCAAACUUAGUUUCCUCCCAACAGAGGGCCGUAGAGAUGCUGAUUCCCGAGUAAAUCAGUAUACUGGCCCCGAUGAAGCCGUAUCCGACGUUUGCGUCGAUAUCGGGCCCCGACAGGCGCUCCAAUAGCUUUUCGAUCAAGAAAGGUUGGCAAAACGUAAAACCGAGAAGUGCCAGGCGUGGGAAUAUAGGAAGCAUGAGAGGGACCUUCAAUGUGCGCAUUAGUGCCUUCGCGAGGCCAAACUUGUCGCCCUUCAGUUUCGAAUAAUCUAUGUUUCUAGAGAACUCUUCGUAGAGCAAUUUACCAUCUAGAGAGCUAUCC